GACGGACCCGAGUACCUCACGCAAGAUGGCGGAGCUGGAGGAGGUGACUCUGGACGGGAAGCCUCUUCAGGCGCUGCGGGUGACCGACCUGAAGGCCGCACUGGAGCAGCGAGGCCUAGCGAAGAGCGGGCAGAAGAGUGCCCUGGUCAAGCGGCUCAAAGGGGCUCUAAUGCUAGAAAAUUUACAGAAACACUCAACACCCCAUGCUGCAUUCCAGCCAAAUUCCCAGAUUGGCGAGGAAAUGAGCCAGAACAGUUUCAUAAAGCAGUAUCUGGAAAAGCAGCAGGAGCUACUUAGGCAGCGUCUGGAACGUGAAGCCCGAGAAGCUGCAGAACUUGAAGAAGCUUCAGCUGAGUCGGAGGACGAGAUGAUCCAUCCUGAGGGAGUGGCUUCCCUGCUGCCUCCUGACUUUCAGAGCAGCCUGGAGAGACCAGAGCUGGAGCUCAGCAGACAUUCGCCCAGAAAAAGCUCCUCUGUUUCUGAAGAGAAAGGUGAAUCUGAUGAUGAUAAACCAAGAAAAGGAGAAAGACGAUCAUCUAGGGUCAGACAGGCAAGAGCAGCUAAACUCUCUGAGUGUAGCCAGGUGGCUGAGGAGGAAGAAGAUCAAGAAACACCUUCCAGAAAUCUGAGGGUCAGAGCAGAUAGAAAUUUGAAAACAGAGGAGGAAGAAGAGGAGGAGGAGGAAGAGGAAGAAGAGGAGGAAGAGGAAGAGGAGGAUGAAGGACAAAAAUCUAGGGAUGCACCAGUCCUGAAACAGUUUGAGGAAGCAGAAGAGGGGGAAGAGUUGCCCAGAGUAAAACCAGAGGAGAUGAUAGAUGAGAGACCCCAAACCGUAAGAUCCCAGGAACAGGAGGGGUUAGAGAGAGGAGGAAGAGUCACAAGGUCCCAGGAAGAAGCCAGAAGAAGUCAUAUGGCCAGACAUCAGCAGGAGAAAGAAAUGAAAACAGUUUUUCCUUUUGAGAAAGAAGAAAAGGAAAUAAAAUCUUCAAAAGGCUUGGAGGAAAAAUCAAAGUCUCCUUCCCCCCCUCGACUGACUGAAGAUCUAGAAAAGGCCCCUCUUGUGCUGCAACCAGAGCAAAAUGCCAGUGAGGAGGAAACUCCCCCACCUUUACUUACCAAGGAAGCAUCUUCUCCACCACCUACUACACAGCUCCAGAGUGAAGAAGAAAUAGAGCCCAUGGAAGGCCCAGCUCCCCCUGUCCUCACUCAGCUCUCUCCUCCUAAUACAGAUGCUGAGGUCAGGGAGCUGUUAAUAUCUCAGCAUACUGUCCAGCUGGUGGGAGGGCUAUCUCCUUUGUCAAGUCCUGCAGACACCAAAGCAGAAACUCAAGCAGAGCAAGUGCCAGAGGAGAGUGUCCUGCCUCUAGUUCAGAAAAGCACACUAGCUGAAUGCUCAACCCAGAAGGGUCUUGAAACUGAGGCAGAAAAAUCUGCUCAACCACUCCCUCUUAAAAUCGAGGAAUUAGCACCGGCCAAAGGGAUCACCGAGGAAUCUCUGAAACAGCUGUCUUUGGAACAGAAGGAAGGUAGAAGGGCUUCUCAUACCCUUCUCCCAAGCCACAGAUUGAAAGAGUCAGCUGACUCCUCCUCAAGCCGGUCCUCCUCUUCAUCCUCCAGUUCUAGAUCAAGAUCUCGCUCUCCUGAUAGCUCAGGCUCUCAGUCUCACUCAUCUCCAAGAUCCAAGCAGAGAGAUGUAUCUCGGGCACGUACUCACACCAACCCUCGUGGCAGAUCCGAGAUGGGCUCCCGAUCAACAUCAGAGUCCAGGUCACGUUCCCGUUCCCGUUCCCGUUCUCGUUCAGCUUCAAGCAACAGCAGAAAAGGGAGCCCAAAGAAGUGUGAAGCUGAAGAGGCAGAGCCACCAGCUGCCACACAGCCCCAAACCUCAGAGACCCAGACUGCUCACCUACCAGAAUCAGAAAGGAUUCAUCACAUUGUUGAGGAGAAGGAGGAAGUGACCAUGGACACAAGUGAAAACAGACCUGAAAAUGAGGUUCCAGAACCCCCCGUGCCUAUUGCAGACCAAGUCAGCAAUGAUGACCGCCCAGAGGGCAGUGCUGAAGAUGAGGAGAAGAAAGAGAGCUCGCUGCCCAAAUCAUUCAAGAGGAAGAUCUCCGUUGUCUCAGCUACCAAGGGGGUGCCAGCUGGAAACAGUGACACAGAGGGGGGCCAGCCUGGUCGGAAGCGGCGUUGGGGAGCCAGCACAGCCACCACACAGAAGAAACCCUCCAUCAGUAUCACCACUGAGUCACUCAAGAGCCUCAUCCCCGACAUCAAACCCCUGGCGGGGCAGGAGGCUAUUGUGGAUCUUCAUGCUGAUGACUCCCGAAUCUCUGAGGAUGAGACAGAGCGUAAUGGUGAUGAUGGAACCCAUGACAAGGGGCUGAAGAUCUGCCGGACUGUCACCCAGGUAGUUCCUGCAGAGGGCCAGGAGAAUGGGCAAAGGGAAGAAGAGGAAGAAGAGAAGGAGCCUGAAGCAGAACCCCCUAUACCUCCCCAGGUUUCAGUAGAGGUGGCCUUGCCCCCACCUGUGGAGCAUGAAGUAAAGAAAGUGACUUUAGGAGAUACUUUAACUCGACGUUCCAUUAGCCAACAAAAGUCUGGAGUUUCCAUUACAAUUGAUGACCCAGUCCGAACUGCUCAGGUGCCCUCCCCACCCCGGGGCAAGAUCAGUAACAUCGUCCACAUCUCCAAUUUGGUGCGUCCCUUCACUUUAGGCCAACUAAAGGAAUUGUUGGGCCGGACGGGAACUCUAGUGGAAGAGGCCUUCUGGAUUGACAAGAUCAAAUCUCACUGCUUUGUAACGUAUUCAACAGUAGAGGAAGCAGUUGCCACUCGCACAGCUCUACAUGGGGUCAAAUGGCCCCAGUCCAAUCCCAAAUUCCUUUGUGCAGACUACGCCGAGCAAGAUGAGCUGGAUUAUCACCGGGGCCUCUUGGUGGACCGUCCCUCUGAAACUAAGACAGAGGAGCAGGGGGUACCACGGCCCCUGCACCCCCCGCCCCCACCCCCAGCCCAGCCACCACAGCACCCCCGGGCAGAGCAGCGGGAGCAGGAGCGGGCGGUGCGGGAACAGUGGGCAGAGCGGGAACGGGAAAUGGAGCGGCGGGAGCGAACUCGAUCAGAGCGUGAAUGGGAUCGGGACAAAGUUCGAGAAGGGCCCCGUUCCCGAUCACGGUCCCGUGACCGCCGCCGCAAGGAACGUGCGAAGUCUAAAGAAAAGAAGAGUGAGAAGAAAGAGAAAGCUCAGGAGGAACCACCUGCCAAGCUGUUGGAUGACCUUUUCCGUAAGACCAAGGCAGCUCCCUGCAUCUACUGGCUCCCGCUGACUGACAGCCAGAUUGUUCAGAAGGAGGCAGAGCGGGCUGAACGGGCCAAGGAACGGGAGAAACGGCGAAAGGAGCAAGAAGAGGAAGAGCAAAAGGAGCGGGAGAAGGAAGCAGAACGGGAACGGAACCGACAGCUGGAGCGGGAGAAGCGUCGAGAGCACAGCCGAGAGAGGGACAGGGAUCGAGAGAGGGAAAGGGAGCGUGACAGGGGUGAUCGGGAGAGGGAGAGGGAGAGGGACCGGGAGCGAGGCAGGGAGAGGGACCGCAGAGAUACCAAGCGCCACAGCAGGAGCCGGAGUCGGAGCACACCUGUGCGGGACCGGGGUGGGCGCCGCUAGCCAGGAACACACGAGGGAGAGCUGCAGGCAUCAGCCACCCUGCCCUGGGGGGUUCGAGGCCACAGAGGGAUAGGUACAAUCUCCACCACCCUAGAACCAGGGGUCUUUCACACCAUUUACCCAGUGCUCGCGUAUGGCUGCCACCUGUCCCCACAUACCAAAUGGAGCAGUGGCUGUCUUUCCCCCACAAAGCCGCACCCCCAUAACCUAUCUCUUGAGAGUUAGCCCUCUCCUCCCUCUCAUUUCCCAUUGUUGAGUCUGAGAGGGAAGAGCUAGGUUAGGGAUGGAGGUGGUUGGCCCCCGAGGUGGGGAACAGUUAGGAGCCCCAGACCUCUCAUUUUUCCUCCAUCCUGCUCACCACCUCCUUUGGGUACUCACAACCCCCUCUUGGGAACAGCCGGGGCCAGGAGACUGGGUCACCUAUGAGCUGAAUCAGCAUCUCCUCCUGAGUCCCAGGGCCCCUGCAGUUCCCAGUCUCUUCUGUCCUGCAGCCCUUGCCUCCUGCCCACCGGUUCCACUUUAUAUCCACCUUUUCCUUUUGUUCAAUUUUUAUUUUUAUUUUUUUUAUUAUUAAAUGAUGUGGUCUAUGGAAAAAU